AACCACGACAGGGCCCCCCCCCACCACCGCGCCGUCCACCAUGCCGCCCAUGACCACGUUCGGCGCCACCACCGCAGCGCCGACCACGCUCCCCACCACCGUGUCGUGUCCGGAGUGCCUGGAAAGGGAGCAGGACUCCGACGAGGAAACGGAGAACACGCUGGUGUACGACGAACGCUUUGGAGUCGUCAUGACCCCCGACCCCAAGGUCGACUUUCCAGCUUACGUUUGGUUUGCCUGUAACUUCGACUUCUCGUCGUUAUGCGGUUGGACCAAGGACAGCGGCUCAGGAGCCGAGUGGUUCAUCCAGAGCAGCGAGGCUCUGGCUGUCCACAGAGGCCCCACGCUCGACCACACAGGCGGUUCAGGGAACUUCCUCUACAUGCAGCUGACGGACACAAUCACACCCAGUAAGCCCGGAGAGGAGCAGAGCGGGGAGGAGAAGGUGGCCCGGCUGGCCAGCUUAUCCAUCACCACGCCGGACGCCAGCCUCUGCAUGUCCUUCUGGUACCAGAUGGCCGGCGAGCGCGGAGGGGCGCUGCGCAUCAGCUAUCGCCACGACGACGAUGACGAGGGCCAGGUCCUGUGGACGAAGAGCGGCCAUCAGGGCAGCAGAUGGAGGGAAGGCCGUGUCUUACUUCCUCAAACAAGACUCUCGUAUCAGGUGUUGGUGGAGGGAAUCGCAGACAGACGCACCACAGGCCACAUAGCGGUGGACGACAUCCAAAUCAUGGACGGGCUCAACAUUCAGGACUGCAAGGAUCCAGAGGCUCCAACAUCUCCACCCACUAAAAUCUUAAUGCUACCCAUGGACUCCCUCUCUCAGGAAACGGGUGAACUCGGCAGGCCGGGCAACAUGCUGAAGACGAUAGACCCCAUCCUCAUCACCAUCAUUGCCAUGUCGGCUCUGGGCGUCUUCCUGGGCGCCAUCUGCGGCGUCGUGCUGUACUGCGCUUGCUCGCAGGGCAGCAUGACUGAUAGGAACUUAUCCGCCCUGGAGAACUAUAACUUUGAGCUGGUGGACGGCGUCAAGCUAAAGAAGGACAAGAUAAACGGACAGACGAACAACUACUCAGAGGCGUGAGCCCGAAGGCGCAGAGGGCGGAGCUUUGGCAACUCCGCUAGCGGACACGUUACAAGCAGCCAAUCACAGGGCUGACGCCACUAAUGGGACGGCAGGGUGGGCUAACAGUGAGCCGAUUUCAUUUUUAUUUCUCAGGAGCGUUGGUGGAAGGGACUGACCUGUAGGGGGCACUGUGUAUAAAGAACCUGUACAGCAAAAAAGAAGAAAACUAAGGAUUCUCUUUGUU